CAAAUGCAUAAAAAAAAUAAAUAGAAAUCAUCACGCAGUUAAAAAUCUUUGUGCGUUGGAGUAGAGGAAACAAUUCAAUCAUUAUUGGGCUUAAAAGUGCAACGACAUUAUUAUGAACUUAACGGAGCAGAAUCCGUAUGGCAAUGGCCUACUUUAUGCUGGAUUUAACCAGGACCAAGGAUGUUUUGCUUGUGCCACAGACACCGGGUUUCGAGUUUACAAUUGUGAUCCACUAAAAGAAAAGGAACGCCAAUACUUUCCCGAAGGUGGCCUCAGCCAUGUUGAGAUGCUCUUUCGCUGCAAUUAUCUKGCGCUUGUCGGYGGCGGGAUUCGGCCGCUGUAUCCGCCCAAUAAGGUGAUUGUCUGGGAUGAUCUCAAGAAAUCACCGGCAAUAUCUCUGGACUUCAAUCAGCCGGUGCGAGCAGUGCGCCUGAGACGGGAUCGGAUUGUCGUCGUGCUGGAGGGCGUCAUUAAGGUGUACACAUUCACACARCAGCCACAGCAGCUGCAUGUGUUCGAGACCAGCGCCAAUCCGAACGGCCUGUGUGUCCUCUGUCCACACAGCAACAAAAGUUUACUCGCAUUCCCUGGCCGGCGUACCGGUCAUGUACAAAUCGUUGAUCUUGCCAAUACCGAACGAGCCCCAUUGGAGGUGAUUGCCCAUGAGGCGGCCAUCAGUUGCAUUGCACUGAAUUUGCAAGGCACUCGAUUGGCCACCGCCGGCGAGAAAGGCACAUUGAUACGCAUUUUUGAUACAGARAACGGGAAGAAGGUGUCCGAGCUGCGACGCGGCAGCAAUCAUGCAAACAUAUUUUGCAUCAACUUCAAUCAUCAGUCCACAAUGAUUGUUGUGGCCUCGGAUCAUGGCACCAUUCAUGUCUUCAAUUUGGAGGACAMCAAGCAACGUGAAUCAUCGCUUCCGAUGAUACCCAAGUAUUUUUCCAGUCAAUGGAGUUUCGUGAAGUUCUCCAUACCGCAGGGACCUCGCUGUAUAUGUGCCUUUGGUGCCGAUUCCAAUUCGGUUGUGGGUGAGUCUCAUUUCAGAUACACUUAA